UCCUCAUCUGCAGCUCUGCACCACCACCAAGAUCCGCUAAGAAGAAGAGGAGAAGGCCCGCAGCCGCCAAGCGGAGAAGAACAUUCUAGCGAGCGCGGCGGCAGAUACCUUGCGCGCGCAAAGCUUGUUCAUAGCCAUGGCGGCGCUGGCUCACCAGGUGGGCGCCAACCAGCCGCCGCUGCUCUCCUCCCCCGCCCGCCUCCCGCGAAGCAGCAGCAAUGCGCGGCUGCUCCCGGCGGCGUCCCUCGGCGGCCGCGGCGUGAGGCUGCUCCCGCGGGGCGCGCGGAGGACCGCCGCCGUCGUCGUCCGGGCGUCGUCGGAGGCGAAGGCGGAGGCGGAGGCCAAGCCGGCGGAGGGCGGGGGCGAGGAGGAGCGCCCGUACGAGGAGUACGAGGUCACGAUCGAGAAGCCGUACGGGCUCAAGUUCUCCAAGGGCCGCGACGGCGGCACCUACGUCGAGGCCAUCCUCCCCGGCGCUGCCGCCGACAAGACCGGGCAGUUCACCGUCGGCGACAAGGUGCUCGCCACCAGCGCCGUCUUCGGGGACGAUAUCUGGCCGGCGGCAGGGUACGGCCAGACCAUGUACUCCAUCCGUCAGAGGGUCGGCCCUCUCUACAUGAAGAUGGAGAGAAGGUUUGGUAAGUGGGAUGGUGCUGGUGAGCUCACCGAGAAGGAGAUCAUAAGAGCUGAGAGGAACUCUGGAGUGGUCAGCGGCAGGGUGAGAGAGAUCCAGUUGCAAAACUACCAGAGGAAGAUGGCGCAGAAGAUGCAGAGGGAAGAGGACCUCCGCAUGGGGCUCAGGCUGUACAAGGAUGGGAAAUAUGAGGAGGCAUUGGAGAAGUUCGAGUCGGUUUUGGGAUCAAAACCAGAGAGCAGCGAGGCUUCCAUUGCCAGCUACAAUGUUGCCUGCUCCUAUUCCAAACUCAACCGGAUACAAGCAGGGCUUUCUGCGUUGGAAGAUGCCCUGAAAUCAGGCUACGAAGACUUUAAGCGAAUCCGCACCGACCCGGAUCUUGAAAACUUGAGGAAAUCGGAAGAAUUCGAGCCCAUGCUGAAGAACUACGACGAGUCGUUCAUCAACGAGAACGCCCUCAACGCCAUCAAGUCAUUGUUCGGGUUCGGCAAGCAGUGAGCAACUGAAACAUGGUGGUAGCAGAAGGCGGCGAUGCCUCUCUUCUCUGGUCUUGCAGUUUUGCAUACUGCACUAGCCUACUGUGCUAAGCUCAUGCCCAUACAGAUCGUCCCAAUCUCCGUCAGUAGGUUGCAGUUCACACCUGUAGCUUAGCUAUUCUUGGUGAGACUUGUAUUUAACCAUUUGAUGAAGAUACAAUAUGUACAUCCAAAUGACGCAUCUGCGUCUGUAAAGGCAUUAUGUGGCAGUUGUGCUUGUAAUGUAUGACAAAUAUGUUAAGCAUCAACUAAAAGGCAAAUAUAUGUUUCGAUGAACA